GAGCGGCUCCGCCGCCGCCGGCGCGCCCCGCCAUGGCGCAGGCCCGGGGGGUGAACAGCCUGCGCUUCAACCAGGACCAGAACGCGGAGCAGGUCGGCAGCGUGGGGCUCGUGGAGAUGCUGAACCGCUCCAACCUGCUGGCCAUCGUGGGCGGGGGCAGCCACCCCAAAUUCCCCGACGCCUCAGUGCUGAUCUGGGAUGAUGCCCGCGAGGGGAAGGACAAACUGGUGCUGGAGUUCAGCUUCCCCAAACCCGUGCUGGCCGUGCGCAUGCGGCACGACAGGCUGGUGGUGGCGCUGCAGAGCCGCCUGUUCGUGUUCUCCUUCCCGCACCGGCCCAGCAAACUGUUCGAGUUCGACACCAGGGACAACCCCAAAGGUGAGGGAAACUGGGCAAACUGGGAACCCAAACUGGGGAACCCAAACACGGGAACCCCAAACUGGGAACCCCAAAGGACAUGGGCAGCACUUGGCAAUACUGGGGGUGUACUGGGGAUGUACUGGGGAGCGCUGGGCAGUCCAGGCUCUCUCAGCCCUGCGCCCCCAGGACCUGGGCUGCGCCGAGGGAUAGUGGGGGAGCACUGGGACCUGGGCUUAGCCAAGCCGGGCAGCUCCUCGGCACAGGCGAAACCGGGUGGCGCUGGGCGAUACUGGGGGAGCACCGGGGAUGUACCGGGGGUGACGCUGGUCAGCACUGGUCAGCACUGGUCAGCACUGGUCAGCCCCGUCCCCCCGUCCCAGGACCUGGGCUCGGCCAAGCCCGGCUCCUCCUCGGCGCCCGUGACCAUCAACGCGCACCAGUCCGAGGUGGGCUGUGCCGCGCUCGGCCCCUCGGGGGCGCUCGUGGCCUCGGCCUCGCGCCGCGGGACCCUGAUCCGCCUGUUCUGCACCCAGAGCCGCGCGCGGCUGCUGGAGCUGCGCCGGGGCACGGACCCGGCCACGCUCUACUGCCUGUCCUUCAGCCCUGACUGCUCGUUCCUGUGCGCCGUCAGUGACAAAGGCACCGGCCACGUCUUCGCCCUGCGCGACACGCGGCUCAACCGGCGCUCGGCGUGAGU